GUGGCGCUCUAUGCCGUAGACCCCUGAAGUGUGGAGCUUUUCGUUGCUCGUCAGUCAGCUGAAGCGUCCACAGGGCUUCACGCAUGAGUUGUACUUUGAAAAGGAGCGGAUUAUGACACAGGGAAGAAGGAAUCGGGAGAUUCGUCAAGGAAAACAAAACAUUCGUGGCUCUGAUAAAGCCGUCAACAUCCUCGGACAGUGAACAAUGCGUGACCUCACUGCCCAAGUCACCAGCAGCCUGCUGCCUUUCCCAGGAGUGACUGUAGACGCUCUGGGGGAGGAUGAGAUCACUCUAGACUCGGUUCUUCAUGGGAAGUUCACUGUUGGCCGCAGUGGCCUGGCCUGGCUGGCCUGUGGCCCUCAUCUGGAGGUUGUCCAUGCAGUGACAGGAGAACGGCUGUCCGCGUACUGCUUCAGUGGCGGAGGGGAGCACCCACCCAGUGUCCUUGCUGCCAGGGACUUCAGCUGGCUCAAACGGUCUGGACUGCUGGUUGGCUUGGAGGAAGCAGAGGGCAGUGUGUUGUGUCUCUAUGACUUGGGACUGUCAAGGGUGGUCAAAGCUGUGGUUAUACCAGGCAGGAUCACAGCCAUUGAGCCAUUAGUGAGUUAUGGCGGAGCAAGCACUUCAACGCAGCACCUCCACCAGAGUUUGCGCUGGUUCUUUGGCAUUGCUGCAGUAGUAACAGAUCUCGGUCACGUUCUGCUUGUGGACCUCUGUCUCGAUGAUCUGUCCUGCAGCCAAAAUGAGCUGGAGGCUUCAGACCUGCAGGUAGUGACCAAAUCUCCUGCAGAGAUCCCCAGGCUUAGAGAAGUCAGCACCAGACAGGGCAGGCAUCUUUGUCUCCAGCUGAAUGGGCCCAGUGGAGUUGGAGCCACAGCUCUGCAGUACAUCUCCAGGACCAACCAGCUGGCAGUGGGAUUUUCUGACGGAUACUUACAGUUGUGGAACAUGAAGACUCUUAAGAAAGAAUACCACUCCCAGUUAGAGGGCGGCGGGGUGGCUGUGUAUGCCUUCACCUUCCAGGAGCCAGAGAAUGACCCCAGGAACUGCUGCUACCUCUGGGCUGUUCAGUCUUCUCAGGACCUUGAGGGAGAUACCGUCAGCCUCCGCCUGCUUCAGCUGGCCUUCAGUGAGAGAAAGUGUCUGUCUUCUGGGAAGAUUCUUUAUGAGGGUCUGGAGUACUGUGAGGAACGUUACAGUCAGGAGUUAAGUGGCACAGCUUUCCCUCUCAGGGCCCAGACCACCAACACCCGCCUGCUGAGUUGUCAGACCAUCGAGAAAUUCAGACCCCAUCCUGACAGGGAUGACAGCAUGAACGAAGUUGCAUCUCCGGACACCAGCGUGUCUAUCUUCAGCUGGCAAGUCAAGGCCUAUGGUCAGGGAACCCCAUCUACCUACAUCGGGGUUUUUGACAUCAACCGUUGGUAUCACGCACAAAUGCCAGACUCGUUAAGAAUGGGGGAAUCUCUGCAAAAUUGCCCCUACCUGGCAGUUUGGUCUCUGGACCCAGUGGUGCAGAUGGUGUCUCCACAUGCCCUCCUGGAUGUAGUGGUGCACGACCGCAGCCUAAGCAGGGGCCUGCCCUUCACCUGCCCCCCACCAGAACAGUACUUUAACCCCACCACAUACAAUUUUGAUGCUACCUGCUUGCUCAACUCUGGAAUUGUGCACUUAACCUGCUCUGGGUAUCAGAAGGAGACCCUGAGCUUUCUGAAGAAAGCUGCUCCUUGUUCCAGUGACAUCAUCUCCACUAGCUACUCUCGCUGCCUCAUGUCUGGCCUACUCUCAUCUCGCCUGGCUGACACCCAGGCCUCCAGCCUCUCUCAGGAGGAACAGCUGGAUGCCAUCUUGUCCACAGCGGUGGAGACCAGUUCGCUGGGACUCAUCACUGGCUGUAUCAAGCAGUGGACUGCAGAAGAACAACCAGGCUCUGCACUGAACCUGCGCUACAUCCUGGAUUGGGCCUGGAACAAAGUAGUCCAGACCAAGGAGGAACUGGACGGCAUCUGCGCACCGCUGUUUGACAGCUCAUCCAACUUCACAGACCCUCAGACACUGCAGCUGCUACAGCACAGCCAGAGACUGCUGGGUAACCUCAGCACCAUCUUCCACUGUCUGCUCAGUGAAGCUCAGGAGCUCACACAGAAAGGUCUGGUGGGUCUGAUAAACAAAAACAUGGUCUCCAGUCUGAUCUCCAAGUACGCUCAGGUGGUCCUCUGGUUCUGUCGUACCGGCUUGCUGCCUGAGGGAUCAGAUGACGAUGCUCUCCAGAUCUCCAGGCCUUUUUACACCCACUCGGUCAUCAGCAACUACUAUACCAUACGCAGAGAGGAGCUCACCAGGCUAGCUAAGGGCAAGUGGUGUGCAGACUGCCUGAUGAUUGACGGUUUGGUCAAUCAGUGUGGUGAACGCUUGACCAACCUAUGGAAAAGGGAUGAGGGUGGGACAGGGCAGUAUCCACCACCUACACUGCAUGCCUUGUUGGACAUUUAUUUACUGGACAAUAUUGAAGAAGCUACCAAACAUGCAAUUGUGAUUUACCUGUUGCUGGAUGUCAUGUAUUCCUUCCCCAAUAAGGAGGGCACAUCAGUGGAGUCUUUCCCCACAGCUUUUGCUAUCCCUAUUGGAUUGGUGAAACUGGUACAAGGCCUCUGGCUGCUGGACCAUCAUGACCACCAGAGUUCAUUUGAGCUGCUCCUUCAUCCAGCUGCCUCCCAGUGUCAGUUUGCGUGGCAGCACGAGCGUGUCCUGCAAGCUCUCAUGUGCCAGGGUCAGCACUCAGUGGCACUACGGUACUUCCACCUUACGAAGCCCCCGAUUUCCUCCACCUCCCAGGCCAAACUCUGUCUGUCUGUACUGCUACACAACAGGUGUCUCGUAGAGGCGUGGUCCGUACUUCGGCAGCACUCCAAUCGCCUCAACAUGGGUGAGCUGCUGAGCUUCCUGUACGAGAGCUGCCAGGAGCUGGGCCUCAUCAAGGAGCUGCUCAAAUUGCCCCUGGGUCCAACUGAACAGGAAUGUUUGGAGAAGUUUCUCCAGGGUACAGGGGGUCUUCAAAACAGAGAACUACUGAUGGUUCAUUACCUUCAGCAGGCCAACUACAUACCUGCUCUACAGCUCAACCACAGCCUUAAAAUGAAUCUGGUGAAUGAGCGAGACCCAAAGCUCAAAGAACGAUCCAACACCAGGAACUCUAUUUUGGAUCAGUAUGGCAAAGUUUUGCCCAGAGUCCAGAGGAAACUGGCAAUGGAGAGAGCCAAGCCCUACCAGCACCCCUGCACCAUCCACAAAGAAGUUUCUCGGCCACAGCCACUGUCGACCAUCACCAAGCGUUCUGCCACUGAGAAAGUGAUAUCCAGGGCUGGAUUUAUCAACAAUGUCCUGACCAAGAUUGAGGAGGUGUGGUUAGGCAAAGGAGCAACACCACAGUCCUCACCAGCCAAGACCCCCAGGGCAGCUGAUACUCAGAGUCCGAGCCCCAGGCCCUCCUCUUCAGCCCUUCCUGAUCCUUUCCUGGGAACUCCUAUCACCAUGACCUCAAAACGAAAGUCAAGGCUGAUGGACUUGGUGGUUCACCCCUCCUGUCAGAGCCCUCAGCCUCUUCUCAGUCCCCCCAGACCUCCGAGCUUCUGGGUUUCUCCAAAGAGCAUCAGCAAAGCCCCUGAACUCAGUCUGUUGCAAACACCACAGGUCGUCAAGCGAGCUCGGGCCUUGGCUGCCUCUGGCCCAGUGUUCUCAGCCUUCACUCCCCAGUCCAUCCUCCGCAGCAGCCUGAGGCCGACACCCGUUGCCACCCCUUCUGCUUCUCCAGGGCGCUCCAUCACCCCUCCACUCCGCAGCAAGGAGAGCCGCAUCACCUUCAUCGAAGAGGCGGAAUCUCCUGAACCAGAGAAGGGCAUCCGGUGGACCAAUGGGAUGGCAGCAGACAGUGAGAUUAGCUUGCUGACCAGAGGCUCCAGGCUGUCCAAGGCCACAGGUAAAACCUGGUCCUCACAGCCUGCUGACGAGGAAGAGGAUCAAGAUGAGAAAAGGGAACAACAACACGUAAAGUUCUUGCCUCCCGAAGGUGGCAUUCCCUCACCACAGCUGAGAUGCUCCGAGAGCGAGUCAUCCUCCAUCCAUGAAGUCGCUGCAGAAACCAGACCAUCAGAUGCCACGCAAGCACGACUUAGCUUGAGCUUUGACAUUAGUCACACAUCUGUCCAGUCAACAGACACCACCCUAGAGUACUAUGAUGCACCUCUGUCAGAAGACCAGGAGGUGGGGCGCACAGCUACAGAGAGAGAUGAGGACGUAGUGACGCUGAACAUCAGAGCCCUAACUGAAAAGGAAGUACCAGAGGAAAAGCCAUCACCAACCACUGAUCAAACCCCUGUCCUGACAUCAGAGAACAGGGAGAAGGAAGAAGAGGAGGUGAAGGAAGAUGAGACAUUUGAAGAUGUGAUGGAGACUGGUCCUGAACAGGAGGCUAAAAACGAGGAAGAAGUUCAGUCUGAAAAGGAAGAUGAACAGGAUGCUGAGUUAAGUAUCAGACAAGGAGAUGCUGCAACUCCUGACCACGAGGAGACACCUGGUCACAGUCAAGUUUAUAACCAGGCACCUGAGAGCACAGAUUCUGGGGUCGAAUCCCAGGAUCAGCCAGUGAAAGUCACCGAACAGGACGUCCAGUCCACGGCCACUGAAUCCACUGAGUUCACUGAGCCUCUGAAACUGUCUGGAGCCACAGACGAGCCAGAGGAGGAUCUGGAACAAUCUACAGAUCUGACAGAGUUUGUGCAGCGACAUCUGUUCGGCGACGAUCUGUCUCCUCCGCUCACCCGCUCAGGAAUCCACAAUGCAUCACGGGCACAGGUGUCAUUCAACAGUGAGUCAUUAGGUGAGGUUGCAGAGGAGGAGCAGGCAGCUGCUGAAACUCCCCAAGUUUUCACCAGCCAGAAAUCCAACGCCUCUGUGACGUCCUCCGAGCCAACUGGCACAGACUCCCACUCUGUUGUGAGUGUAAACGAUAGCGAAGAACUUUCUAGCCCUGCGUCUGAGGAAGAAGAAGAAGAUGAGGAGGAGGAAGAGGAGUCUGAUCAAGCUGAGGAUGAAGAAGAAGAGGAGGACUCUGGUAGUGAGGUGGAGAUCAUUGAGGAGGUGCAGGGCAAUGGGAGGCUGCCUCCCCUUCAUCCCAGUUCAGUCUUCGCACAACAAGGACACACACACUUCCUGCCAAGUCUGUCAGAGCAGGAGGCUGCUGAGUUCUCUCUGAUCGCACCCAGUGCAGAAAUGAAGAUGGUAGAAGAGGACAUGGAGGGUGAUGUGGUGAUGGUGAGACUCGGGGCAGAUGAAGGAGGGCUGGAGGCAGAGGAGAAUGAAGAGCAAGGAUCACCAUACAUGGAGCUCAAGCCCUCUACCACUCUCCUGGUACCCCUGGAGCUUGUGGGAGGACAACACGGCCUGGUCGAUAGCGCUCAGCUGUGUCUUCCUGAGAUUCAGCAAGAGGUCGUUUCAGAUGACCCACAGACUGGGACUCACAGCAGCUUCUCUCUGAUGCUGGAUGUGGACGAGGAUGGGGAUAAAGAGGCAGACACGCCACCUAUGGAGAAUGAUCUGCAGUCCUCCGGUCUUUCCACCCAGUCUCCAGUAGAGGAGGCUAGUGAGGAGCUUGUGGUCAAACCUGAGGUUAUUCUUUUGGGAACAGAUGAUCAAGAUACUCCCCUUACUGGCGAAGUCUCACAAGUUGACCAGAGGAAAGAGAUGGAGAGCCUGGAUGGAGCUGAGGUAGAUGGACUGACAGAAUCGGGACCUGUAGAACUCCAAACUCACCAACGGACUGAAGACACCGGGACAAAACAGGAGACAGAAGAUGCUAAUGAGCAGAAGGACACUGAGCUGGUAAUUCCGGCUGAAAAUUGCGAACCUGCAGCUCUUUCUGAUCAAACUCCAGAGGGAGAACUUCCAGCAGUUGCGGCUGACGAAGACUCUGCAGAAAAGAAAGAUGCUGCACAUGAGAAAAUGGGAGAAAAGGAGGAUAAACCAACACCUGGUGAGGACCAGGAAGAGCCUGAAGAGAACGGACCUGUUAAUAUAGAAACAGAGCUUGUACCCAGUGCAGAGACGGUUCCUGCUGCGGAGGAGCAGCCGCAGGACCACAGAGACUUAGCAGAGACAGAAGAGGACAACACAGAAGAAACUACAAAAGAGAAGGAAACAAAAAAGAGGACUAGUGGAAGGCAGAGGAAAGAUAAAAAUGCUGAGGAGAAGCCUGUGCAGCAGGCCAAUAGCAAGCCAGAGGAACAGCCUGUACCAGAGACUCCCACUUCUCAGAGGAAGAAGGCUCCUUCCACCCCAACGCGGAGGACCACGAGAGGGAGGAGGGCUGUUAGUUUUAUCUCUCCUGUCCCAGAGGAAGCAGAGGAGCCAAAGCAGGAUGUGAAAAUAGAUGAGGCAGAGACGAGCACUCUGGAGGUACCUGCCUCACCUAGUCGUACACCCAGAAAAAGUAAACAGAGCAAAGAAAUCAAAGUCCAGGCCAGCACACCUCGAAGAAGUACCCGCAGAGCUCAGUCAGAGCCUCCUAAAGACGACAUUGAAGAGGGAGAGGCUGUGGAUACCAGUGCCACAGCUGCAUCAACCUCCAAGGCCUCUUCUCCAGCCAGGCGACGGGUUUCCCAGAGGGCCACUUCAACGAGGACAAGCCAACGCACCCAGACUGGCAGCGAGGAGUUGCCUGUAGACACAGAGGCUGAUAUUGUAAAGGAGGAGGAGGAAGACCGAGAGGAGGAAGUCACAUAUAUAAAAAUUGGUCGACGAACAAGCUCCAAGACUUCGACACCAUCCAAACGCAGGACCGCUCAGGGAAACACUCCACGGAGGUCCAGCCGAAGGAUACUGAACAGCAGCGAGGUGGAGUCAACACCAUUAGAGGUCUUGAGUGAGGAGAAAGAGGAGGAAGAAGCCUUUACUGCCCCUGUGAAACGCAGCUCCAGGAAGAUGAAGACGGAACCGUCAGAGACACAGUUGGCCCCGCUGGAGGAGAAAGAGGACAAAAAACAGCCACCGUCCAGCCCUGGCAGGACGACUCGGCAGUCCAACAGGAUUACCCUAAAUAUUUAUCCACAAAGCGCAAAAAAGACAAAACGAGAGGCGACUGCUGAAAACAUCAAAGAAAGUGAAGAUCUGCUCGAGUCUGAGCAUAACAGCAACGCUAGUCGCGCCAACUCCCGUCGACCAACUAGGAGCAAACUCUGGGACCACCCUGAGGAAGAUCUUCCCUUACUGGACUCUCCAUUGGAGGUGGAUUCUGAAACCCCUGUCGCAGACGCCCUCAUUAAGAGACUCCAGGAUGAGGAAGACAAGCAGGAGGGAGGAGUAGUUAUCUCAAAAAUGGUGAGAGCCAGCAAGAGGAGUACAAAGUCGUCAGCAGAGCAGGCUCACUCCGUGCCUCCCACGAAAGACAGCCUGGUCCCUGAACCCGAGGAGGACGAGUCUAGUCCAGGCGAGCACUCAUUCAUCUACUCCCCCUCACGAAGAAGAACAAGAGCCCGUAGAGCAGAGUCUCCUGGCCCAAGUGAAGAGUCCGCACCACCUGCCACUCGCAACAGGAGAAGAGUCAAAGAUGAUGCUCCUCAGGAUGCAGUUGCUUCUGAAGAAGAUCACGUGGAAGUGGAGAAAGCAGCAGGCGUCACUAAAACGAGAAAAACAGGCAAACGAACAGCCAAAUCCAAAGGCAUUUCAGAUCCACCUCCCGUGGCAGAGGUGGACCUGAUCUCGCCUCUGCCCAGUCCAGUCGAUCCGCUCCCGCGAACGCACAAGAGGGUUAAAGAGGGAGAGGCCCCGACCUCGACCAUGAACCUUCGACGCAAACGCAUAAUGGACACCGUUUUCACGAAACCAGUCACCCGGAGGAAGAAACUAUAAGGAGGUUGGUGGUGGUUUUAACCAGUGAACCUCAGACAGCCACCUCAAGAUUUGAACCAACUCGGUUAGGAGCUGUCAAAUAAAAGUGUAUGCCUAAACUCACCACCGUUGUUUCCUCAAAUGCCUCACAGCGCUGCAGUUGACUUUGUAUUCUGACCUCCCUGUAGGACAAUAAAAAUAAAAGCAACGAGAGGACUAUAUUUUUGGAGUUUACACGUCCGGCUCGUUCUCGAACUUUAUUUCACUUGAUAUCGUAUCUGUGGCCAUUUUGUGACGCUCCUUGUAAUCAGCUAAAUUCUCUGGGCACAAAAAAGGCACAAGGGAAAGAAAUCAGUGUUGGUUUUUAGAGGCUCCCGUUAAUAUAACCAGAGACUGAGUUGAACUUACCUCUGAUAAAGAGGUUUUAUUUACAUUCUCUUUUAAUUUUUUUCUUUUUUUUUGUUUUCAUUGUUGUUUACUUUUAAGACUUCAAGGCCUGCUGUUUUUUCUAUUUAAGAAGAAAAGCAACCCAACCCAGUGGAGAUAAGACGUUUCUACUGCUGAAUUUGUAUAUAGUCUUUUGCUAUGUUCCAAAUAAAGUUAAUAAAUAAAUCCUAAAGAAUUAUGUUCAUUUUGAAGUUUUAAGUGUUUCGAAUGCGUUUGAUCAUCUAAUCAGACUGCCUAUGCCAUAGUCUUAAAAUUUCAGUUGAUUUUGGAGAUUUUCUGUGAAAGAGGCACAGACUAUUGCCAACAGAAUUGGACUGUUUUUCUAUGUCAUGGGGAUGUUAUAUAUUGUGAAAGAGUGGGGGGUAAAAAAAAAAAAAAAAAGACUUGCACAGCUGUUUGCAGUUGUUAAACUUGUUUUGGGACAUGUUAAUAGGCUUGUUUAAUUAAAUUUAUGGCAACCACCAUUGGACACAUAGGCUAUUUUCUGAUGAAUGUAUGUAGAAUGUCUUAUUUUUGAUGACUGCUCUUUGAUAAAUAUGGCAACGCUUGAAAACC